AUGGCAACAGGGGAUCCAGCUGCAUUCCAAGCAUCCUCAAAGCAAAGAACCUUGGUGAAGGGCAUGGCAACUCCAAGGAAGGUAGGGAUCCCAUUAAGUGUCAUGAAGUUGUUAGAUCCACGCCAGCUAAAGCCCGAUAGCACGGAGACAGAAAGAAUCCUAACUGUCUUGGAUGAGACCGUUGUCAAGCUGGAGAUCACCAGGUUGAUCCCACGGAUUACUGGCUCUCUGGACAGGUAUGCUGGGAUGCUGGGACCUGAGAUCACAAGCAGCCUUUUGGAGCAUCAGAAGCUUUCAAUGGAAAUACAGCGCCUGCUCACCAGCCCUGGAGAUGUGAAGAGCAUGAGAGCUGCAGUGCAACGCCUGAAAUGUACCCUGAGAAACAUCCUGAGGCUCUUCCUGGCCAACCCCUUGCUUUACCAUGGGCUGAAAUACGAAGUUCGGGUGAGAGAGUCACCAGCUGAUGUGUUUAUCAAAGCCUUCAUGGAGUUCCGGGAUUUCAUGCUUGAGAGGCUCCUGACCACUCCUGAUGAGGAGAAGGAAAUGAUUGAAUUCAUGAAUGACAUUUCCCUCCAGGUUGAGAAAAACACAGAAAUUAUCUCAGCUCUACAGGGAGAGCUGGCAGGAGUCAUCCAGACUCGAGAUGAAGAGGUUAGCAGGAAGGACAAAACAAUUGAAAACCUCAAAACUAGCAUGGAAGAUCUGGCAAAGAACUGCAAGGCUGACAUCCGGCUGAUCAUGGAGGAAGGGGAAAAGCAGCAAAAAGAGGAUAAGGAAGCCUCCCAGGAGAGGUGUGCCAGGCUGAAGCAGGACAUUCAGCGCCUGGGAACACAGUUCAAUGCACUGGUGCUGGAGCAUCGAGCCUCAGAGCUGGUUCUCAGGAAGCCUUUUUGUAGAGCUGAGCUGCUGACCAGCUGUCCCUGAUCCCUACUGUCCUGCCAGACCACAUAUGAGGAGGUCCAGGCUGUCUACAACGAGGAGAAGGUACAGCUGUCCCUGCUGAUGGAGAAACACGCCAUGCUGCUCCAGGAGUACACCCAGAUUGAGGAGGAGCACAAGAUACUCAAGGAGAAGGAGGAGGAAGCUGCACAGGAAGAGGCCAGGAGGAACAAUGCUGCCACCUGCAUCCAGGCCUUCUGGAAAGGCUACUUGGUGCGGUCCAUCUACAAGUCAAAACUGAAGAAGGGAAAGGGCAAGGGCAAAGGCAAGAAAUAA